CUUGUCCUGUGCACUGAGCUGAAAUCUCAAGCAGUUCAAUGUCCGCAGUCUCUGGCCAUCUCCUGUACUGUGUCCGCAGUCUCUGGUCAUCUCCUGUACUGUGUCCGCAGUCUCUGGUCAUCUCCUGUAUUAUGUCCGCAGUCUCUGGUCAUCUCCUGUAUUGUGUCUGCAGUCUCUGGUCAUCUCCUGUAUUGUGUCUGCAGUCUCUGGUCAUCUCCUGUACUAUGUCCGCAGUCUCCGGUCAUCUCCUGUACUAUGUCCGCAGUCUCUGGUCAUCUCCUGUACUAUGUCCGCAGUCUCCGGUCAUCUCCUGUACUAUGUCCGCAGUCUCCGGUCAUCUCCUGUACUAUGUCCGCAGUCUCCGGUCAUCUCCUGUACUAUGUCCGCAGUCUCCGGUCAUCUCCUGUACUGUGCCUGCAGUCUCUGGUCAUCUCCUGUACUAUGUCCGCAGUCUCUGGUCAUCUCCU